ACUGUCACAUGGACCGGGGAAGGAUUUGGGGCCGCGGGUGUGGGUAGCUACCUGUUUUUCCAGUCCGGAUUGAAAACUGAAAAGUUUCAUGCCUUUGGAAUUUGAUUCUUGAAGUGGGCUUUGAUUCGAAAUCCACUCUUAAGAACGCUUUUCCUGUCGUCAGGAAUCUAUGAAUAAGCCCCCCUCCUCACUUCCAACCUUGACCCCUCCCUUGUAACAAAGAAGAAGUUAAGGACAACCACUUCACACAAUAAGCACCUCUGACAGUGCAUGUAUACAACUGUGGUUCCACAUCUCUGCUGAAAAGAGAGAGUUACUCCAAACUCUGGUCUCUGGGUCUUGGGAGGCAUGAAUUUAUUGAGACUGAGAGAGUUGUUUCUGAACAAAAUAGAAGAAAGCAAGAUAUCAUCAUAAGGAAAACCAGUCAGUAAAACUGUCUACAUCACAUCCAGAAGAGAGAGGACACAAAAAUGACUGAGAAUGGAUAUAGAAAUCCUCAAGAAGAAUGUCAAAUGAAAGAGAAUCUGGAAAAAGACCCAACAGUGAUUCCUCAGGCUCAGGAGACUAUAACGGUAUCAGGUGUCAUUGAAGAAACUCAGGCUGGAUGUCCUGUUUCUGGACUUAAGGAUGUCAUGGAGGUAGAAACAAUAGGGUCACAAAGCCUGGAUGCAGAAAGUAAAUCUGCAAGUGCUGGUGAAACAGAUGAAGGGGACUCGCCAGAGAUGGAACCAGAGCAGGAGGAAAGCCAGAAUGAUCCCAGUGGUAAACAAGAGUAUCCUCACAAUUCAGAAGGAUCAUGUGAAAGACCCUUGGAUCUAAACACUAACAGUUCUUUAAAUGAAAAGGAAAGUCCAGCCCUUCCCCAGGAGAACAGCUCUGCAGUUCUCAGAGAAGAUAAUGAAAGAUCCAGUACUCCCCAGGACACCGUGGAAACACAGAGCUCAGUUCCUACUGAAGAAGCACUAGAAAAUGAUGUUAUGGUGAGGAAACGAGUUGGAGUACAAGAGGUUAAAAGUCAUCACCAAGAACAAGUGGAAACACACACACCGGAAGAAAGCAAGGAGAGGACCCAGGAUGUGGGAAAGAACCUUGAAAAGAAUCUCUGGAGCAAAUUAGCUGCUUAUUCCAAAAUUACAAAAAGUAACUCAAAAUAUACAUUUAUAGGACCUGUCAUUGGUCUUUUGGCUGUAUUAAUUUCUGUGGUAUUCAUCAUUUCCUGGUUUGGCAGCUUCUCACCCCAGGCCCAGCAUGUGCCAAAAAACCCUGCUUUGGAAGCCUUUUUGGAUCAGUUCAGCCAAUUGAAGGACAAAUUUCCAGGCCAGAGCUCUUACCUCUGGCAGCGGGGACGCAAGUUCCUCCAGAAGCACCUGAAUGCUUCUAGUCCUACAGAGCCAGCCACUAUCAUCUUUACAGCUGCUCAGGAGGGGAAGGAGACCUUGAAGUGCCUGAGCCACCACAUUGCAGAUGCCUACACAUUCUUCCAGAAUGUCACAGCCAUCAGGAUCGAUGGUGCUCAGCGGACCUCCGAGGACAGUGACACCGUCAAGCUGUUGGUGGAUAUUGAGCUGACCACUGGGUUUGAGGUUGGACGAAAAGCAGCUGUGGUCCAUCGCUUCGAGUCCCUUCCUGCAGGCUCCACUUUGAUCUUCUACAAGUAUUGUGACCAUGAGAAUGCAGCCUUCAAGGAUGUUGCCCUGGUGCUGACAGUUCUACUAGAAGAGGAGACACUAGAUACAGGUGUGGGUCCAAGAGAAACUGAAGAAAAAGUGAGGGAUUUGCUUUGGGCUAGGUUUACUAAUUCAGACACCCCCAGCUCCUUCAAUCAUAUGGAUUCAGACAAACUGAGUGGCCUGUGGAGUCGCAUCUCCCACCUGGUGCUGCCAGUCCAGCCAGUCAAGAAGAUAGAAGAAAAGGGUUGUUUUCUAUAAUGCUAAGCACAGAAUUUUAUCAAGUACAGGCUUACACCGAGGACAGUGUAGGCAUGAUUGGUCUUUGAAAAUUUCUGAGAGAACCACUCUGAAAAGUAGCAUAUUAAUUCUAGGACAAAUUUGCACUUUCUAAAUCUUUUUGCCUCUUGUUAAAGCUUCCUAAAUGAAAACUGAUGAAACCAAUCAGGUCUGAAUGCAGCACAAUACUUUUUUCAAUUGAAAGUUCUUUUUACAUAUGAAAAGAUAACAUCACAAGUCACUGCAUUAGGAGAAUAUUCUUACUUCCAAGAGUUAACUACAGGGUCUUCAUUAUUGUCUCAAGUGAGAACAUAAGAAGGUAUCUUCUCAUCAGAGAGUUAGUGUUUGCUUCUAGAGGACUCUGGCCAAACAGACUGCAAAGUCUUGUUGAAGUAGACAGCACCAGGUAGCUAAGCUUUAAAUGAUCAAUGGCCUUUGAAAGUGAGACAGACCAAGGGCCAGGUUUCCAGAUGAGUUGUUGCACCCAGAACUCUGACAUCGCACUAUCUGGUGAGCUGUUUGUGAUAUGUGUGACCUCAUGAUGGGGCUAGUGUUUCUCUUUUUUGGGGGCCACCCCAUUUCUGUGUGUUCACAGAGACACUUAAGAAAGCAUAGAGAACAGUAGUCGAAUGGAUCAAAGGGGUGGAAAGAUCUGGAAUUUGUCAAGAAAAGAAGAUGCUGGGGUAAACUGAGGUGCAUUAUUGACAUUUAAAAAGAGAACCUAAGGAUUUAGGAAAGCGUUUUUGGAAUAAGUAUAGUGGGAGAAAAUACAUAGACUUUUAAAUCAAGUCUUUUUUUUUUUUUUUUAGUUAGACUCAGUUUGGCAGGAGGUGGCCAAGCUUGACUGGUUUAUAUUUGUAAUUUUUUUGACUUAACGAUGGAAUCUCAUACAAGUGAGGUUAGAUAUGAACAGAAGCUUAAAGCAUUAGUGGCAGUUAAUAGGCUCGUAGAUGUAACAGAAAAGCAUAAAGAAAAAGAGGCAGAAAAGGUAAUCUAGUAUGUUUUGGUUCUCCCAGUAUUUACAUAUCAUAGGUGGCCUCAAUAUAAGUAAAACCAAUGGUGCCUUGAAGAACUAUCACAUUGGUCCACAGAAAUGAACUACCUCAGGUCAUCUAAGGGGAGAACUAGGCUGGAGCAUGCAUUUCUGUUAGGUCAGCACUUGAAACUGGGAUUAGUUCUUUUUUUCUUUAUUCAGUUCAACAUUAUUUUUCAUCACCUCCACUUUAAGAGGUAACCUAGAAUUCUUAGUGAUUUAUUCAUUGCUUUUGCUAAAAUGUAUACUUUUCUUCCCAUAUGAAGAUCAAAGUUAAUUCUCUCAAGAUAUUUGUCAAGUUUAUGUAUUCAAUUUCAAAGACCAUUUUAAUGAGAGCACUAUAUUAAGAGACCCUGUAUCUUCUUAUAUGAGUAAUAUAUUUUUUAAAGCUCAAAUCCACAUUUUUAAAAACAAAAACUGACCAAAGCCUGUAAUCUAUUGUAAUCUCUUAAAUUAUUCUCAACAGAUUCUUUUAAAUGCUAUUCAGAUUUUUAAAUUAGCUGUUCAUGCUACUUCAUGUUUCAUAAAUGCUUAUAAUAUGUUACUUGCUUGACUUACAGAAUUGUUUCUUGGACGUAUGACAUAGUACAUGAUAUAUGACCUGUAGUCUUAUAUUUUUUAUGUAUGCAUCUGAAAUAUUUCCAGGUAACAGUGAAUUUAAAAAACAAGCAUAUCCCCAUAAACCAAGCCUUUAAUAUUAAGGUUGCAAAAGAAACCAGGAGUCAUAAAUCUCGUCUGUUAAUUAAGACUCUUCCUUUAUCCUGAAUUUCAGUUGUAUGUCUAGUGACUAUUAGUACACUUGCAAAAAAAGAGGUUACUACUAUCAAAUUUAUCCAGGAGAAGUUCCUAAUAUCCUUGAGCUAGAGUCACUAGAUGACUUUGCAAAUGUGCCUUCUCUCUGCUAAAUUCUAGAUCUCAGAUUGUAACAUAUCUAAUGAUGAUUCAAAUUCCCCAAGCCCUACUGAAGAUGACUUUGUUAAACUCAUUUCCACUUAUACUGACCUUUACCUCUGACUCUGUAUAAUGGUAUUUCUCAGACCUUUUUAUUUUUUUUCCAAAAUAAAGAAUACAGCGUACUAAAUUAAGCCAUAUGAGAGCGAACCCAGUGUCUUCUAAAACCUCUUUGUAUUUGAAGGAUAAUUUGCAGAUAAUUAGCAAAGAACUAUGUAGCUCAUAUAUUCAUCCCUUCCCUUCCCAAAUUGACCCCUUUCUUCCCAAAUCAUUUCUAGUGUGUUUUUCAACUUGUCUUUAUUUUCUGGAAAAAUCUAUAGACUGGUUACUAUAAUCCAAGAAACAUCCUUAUCUUUCCCUUGUUGAAAGAGCCAAACAAUAGGUUAAGAAGGAAUGCCAUUGUGGACAGUAUGUUGACCCUCGAACCAAAUACAUUCAAUGAUGUAAACUAGAAGAGUGGUGUUCAUAUUAAUAUCAAAAUUCCUGAUAUCGCCUGAGUCCUUUCACAAUUUCACCAUUGCAUAAAAGUUGCUGCUUUUGCAUUUAUCUCUCUUGGCUAAUAAAGAAUGUGCCUUAUUCAAUAUAAUUUGUCAUAACCAAAAAUAAAGCCCAGUAAUUUAUUCUAA